GGGGCGGCUCUUCGUCCGGGCUGGGCGUGGGCUGGGCGAGGUCCCGGGCCCUGAGGUGCCAACAAUGGCCUGCAGUGGGAGGAGGCGGGCAGGAAUGCGGCCGGGGCGGGGCGGGGCGGCUCUGCGCCGCGGCCUCUUACCUGUCCAGGUAGCUCGCAUUUCGAGGCGAGCUGCGGAGCCCGCAGCACCUGUCGCGCGGCGCGCGGGCGGGGAGGCCGGCGCGGGGCAUGGCCCGGUAGAGUCCCCGGGGGGCCGGUGCGGCGAUCGGGCCCGGCCAGGGCAGGGCGCGGGGGAGGUCCUCCCGGGGCCCGCGCGGCCGGCGGCAGCAUGAAGAAGAACCAGACAGUGCAGGGCACCUUCAGCAAACUCUUCGGCAAGAAGCACAACGCCCCCGCCACCUCCCUCUACGCCACCAAUCCCCCCUGGAUCUUCACCCAAGAGGCCCCGGAGGAGAGGACCAGGCGCUUGGAUGGGAUCUAUUAUGCAGACAACCGGUUUGACUCGGUGAGCGAAUCAGGAACAGCCACGCUGAAAGCUCGGCCGAGAGUCCGGCCCCUCCUGACCUUCCUUCCACUGAAUUCCCAGGAGAACCAUGGGCUGGCUGUGCCCACCCCUUCUGUCCCAGAAGACUUUGUAGACAAGGGAGUGACAGGUACCAGCUCACUAGUCAAUGGCAACCUCCGACUGUACAGCUCUGUGGGUGACCUAAGGCCUGGGCACUAUGGCCAGGACCCACUCAUCCCCCCACCUCCCCCAGGCCCAGCCCCGGGGCCACCGCCAGACACUUUGCAACCUCGAGGAGAGUCCCCACCACCACCUCCACCUUCCAUGGCUCCCCCACCACCUCCCCUGCUGCUGGAACCCCCACUCCCACCCAGCAUGGCCCCACCUCCGCCCCCGGUAUUGGGGGCCCUAUCACCCCCAUCCACACCCACCCCUCCUGACUUCAUUCCCCCUGCCCCACCCUUGGCCUUUCUAGCCCCACCCCCACCCCCUUUGCCAGCCCCAGCACCCCCAGCUCCAGUGUCUCCUCACAAGAUGGGGACUCGCCUCUUUCCCCCUGGGGGUGUCACCAAGUGGAAAUCAGAGGUAACACUGAGUGGCAGGCAGCCAGAGGCCCCCAGAACCAGCCCCCCCAGGAGCCCUACUGAGCCUGAAGGGAGCCCCCUAGGACCUAAACCAGAGUCCCACCUCACCUUCCCCCGUUCGUUCAAGGUGCCUCCCCCAACCCCAGUCAGGACUUCAUCCAUCCCUGUUCAGGAAGCACAAGGGGCUCCUCCAGAGGAAGAAGGGGCCACCAAGAAGGCCCCCAGUCGCCUCCCACUGCCUCCCAGCUUCCACAUCCGCCCUGCGUCCCAGGUCUACCCAGACAAGGCCUCUGAGCCAGACCCCUCUGGGGAGCUCAGGGCUGCAGCACCAGCCAGCCCGAGGCUGGGCCAGUCCCAGUCCUGGACAAAUGAACAAGCUGAGACUCUGCCCCCAGCCCCUCCCCCUCCCCCUCCCGCACCCCCGCUCCCUCCCCCAGCACCCCCCCUUCCCCCAGCUGCCCCUCCUUUGCCUUCUGCUGAGAAGACAGCCCCUCCACCUGCUGGGUUUAUGAAAAGCCCCAAAUCUAGCUCUCCUGCUCCCAAACCCAAACCCAGCCCCCCGAGCCCAGAGGACACAGCCUCGUCAGUGCCUGUGGACUGGAGGGAUCCCAGCCAGAUGGAGAAGCUGCGCAGCGAGCUGGCGGCCUACCUCUGUGGUUCCAGGAGAGAGGACCGAUUCAUCAGUCACAGGCCAGGCCCAACGGUGGCCUCUCAGGGAAAGGAGGGCAAGAAGGGCCCCAGCCCGCCAGAAAAGGAGGCUCCCCCAAGCCUGCCAGAGAAGGAGAUCCCCCCAAGUGUCCCUGAGAAGAGUCCCCAGGGCCUUCCAGAGAAGGCCGCCACUGGCCCGACCCUGCCCCCUGUGGACUACACCCCCCAAGACGCCCCGACUCCCAGCGUCCGGCAGAUCCGGGAUGAGCUGGAGGCGCGGCUUUCCUCAUCAGCAGAGAAGGACGCCAGGCCCAGCACAGGGCCUCUGCCUCCCAAACCUCGGCUCGAAGGGGUGAGAAUCUUUGAAAACAGGGCUGAUAACGGCAGAUUCUCCAAGCCUGUGGCCAAGAAUCUGUUACCUCUACCCACCACCCCUCUGCCAACCACACCACUCCAGUCCAAGUUCAUGCCUGGGCCAGCCGCACCACCCAAGUCCCCGCCUGGACCAACUACACCUGGGCCAGCCGCACCACCCAAGUCCACACCUGGACCAGCCACACCACCCAAGUCCACACCUGGACCAGCUACACCUGGGCCAGCCACACCACCCAAGUCCACACCUGGACCAGCCACACCACCCAAGCCCACACCUGGACCAACUACACCUGGGCCAGCCACACCACUCAAGGCCACACCUGGACCAGCCACACCAACCAAGUCCACAGCUGGAUCAGCCACACCCGGGCCUGCCAUACCAUCUGCAGCCCCAACUCUGCCGGCCACAUCAUCUCAGCUGAUAGCAGUGAAGAACCUAGUCCCAGCUGGGCAGUGGGAGAAGCAAGGACCUCAAGAACUUGCAGUGCCCUCCCAGCCAGAGGCAGACAGGUGCCCCUCCGAGGCCAGUAAGCCUCCCACAGGGGGAGCCCUGUCACCUCCAGCCCUUCCACCAAAGACAUCCCCUGGUGGAAAAGAGGUGACAUUUCCCUACAAGCCCCAUCGCAGCAAGAACAGCCCCAGCAGAGAGGCUGCUGUGGUGAUGUCUACACCAGCCAGAGGAGAGGCUCCAGGGUCAGGGGAGCUGGUGGGGAUGAAGGAGCCCCAGGGGCUGCCAGCCAAACCCCCAGCCUCAGCCCAGCCUGCUGACGAACUCCUCAGGCAUCCGGUGACUGGGGAGGUGGUGGAGCGGGGCUCCCCCAUGGCCCUGCUCCUUGCGGCCAGGCAGAGGGCACAGAAGGGGAGGCCUGGAGGGGCUGCCCUGAGUCGGUCCUCCCUGCCGGGGAGUCUCCGUGGCCACAGCAGCCAGCCCGAGGCAAGCUCUGAGGGCGGGCCCAACUCCUUCACUGGGGUCCCCAAGUUACCCAAGGAGGCUGAGAAGGACCUUCAGCUGGCCUCAUCAACACAGCCCACUGUUCCCAGUCAGUGGAAGCCCCAGUCCCGCAGAAACCCAGAAGGCACACAGCCAAGCUGUGGGCACAAAUGGACCAAGGCAGAACCCCAGGCCCCUGUGGCCUGGGGAAGACCAGCGCCCUCCAACCUCCCCCAGGGCCGCGUGCUGCCCAAGUCCUUCUCGUCCCCUUCUUCUCCUUCCCACAAGAGGGAGGAGGAGGAGAAGGAGUUCAACUUUGAGGUCAUCCCCCCUCCGCCAGAGUUCAGCAAUGACCCUGAGCCCCCGACCCCGGCCCUCCAGUAUCUGGGGCGCCGGAGAUCCCCUCCCCGGAACAACUUCUCAGACUUGGGGCAGCCUCUGGACGCGGGCCUAGCGGCCUUGGCGCCUCGUGGCUUCUCACGCUUCCCGGCGGAUGCGCGCUCCGCGGGGCCCGGGGGCCUGGAGCGCUCCGCGGGCGGGGGCCGUUCGCUCAUCAAGAAGCGCCUGUACGUCGGGGAGCCCCACCGCAGCCCCGGGCCGCCCCGCGGCGCCACCGGCCGCAGCCUCAGCUCCCCAAACUGCUUCGGGCCGCCGCCCGGGGGGCCCUUCGCCGCGCCUGGAGGCCCGGAGGUGCGGCGCGUGGGCUCGGCGGGCCGCGCGCCCCCCGGCGGCCUGCACGCGCGGAAGCCGUCCUUGGAGGGCGCCGCCCGCGGAGAGGCCAAGUUCAAGGUGCCCGGCGGUGACUGCGGCUGCGCCUCCGCUCCCGGCAGGUCUCCCCACAGCACCCCCCUCUAUGGAAGCCCCAUCAACACGUUCACCGUGAGGCCUGGGACCCGCCAUCCCAUCUCCUAUGCUUACUCAGGGGCCCAUCGGAAAGCCCCAUCCUGAGCCCGGAAUUUUCUCAGUUCUACUCCAAGGGAUCCUUCAAGGAAUAGAAGCACAGCUGAAGUCUCGUGAUAACAAACAAGCAAGUCUCUUUGACUCUCUGAACCUCAGUUUCUUCUUCUGUACAGUGGGAGAAUAAUACCUACCUCAUAAGGCUGUUGUGAAGAUUAGAGACAGUCCUGCCUUCACUUAACAAGUAUUUGAGUGACUACUAGAUGGCAGGCACUACGCUUAGCACGGAUGUACAGUCAUCAACACACUGACACUCCUCCUGCCUGAGGCAAGAUUAUAGUGUAGUGGAAAAGAGAGAGGAUAAAAGGAACACACAGAAACAUCAUAAAUUAUAAGAAAUGGUAGGACGGAAAGGAACAGGGAGUGUGGGCAAGAAUAACUGGAGGCCGGGGGAGAGGAGUGGAUUUCCUUUAACCAGGUGGGAAAGUCUUUUCCAAUGGUGACAUUUAUGCUGAUUUAGGCAAAGCAUCCAGCCCACACCUGGCACUGAGUAGUUGCUCAAUAAGUGGCAUCUUUGGGUGAUGGCUCCAUUUGUGUGUGGCCCUUCACAGUUUCCCAUAAAGCUUUGACGGAGUAUCGUCAACUUUUCCAGAAGAGGAAACAGAGCCAGGGAAGUCAUCUCAGGACAAGGUCAGAGGGAGCUGGGUUGCCUCCUCUCCCGGAGUCUUUUCUGGGGGGUUGUUGGGAAAGGGAGAUAGGGAGGGUGACUCACUGAUUCAGCAACUUGUGCUUCCAGGAAGGGCCUCCCCACCUCUCCCGUCCGUGGGCUUCCCCGUUAUCCCGUCUCUCCCACCCCCACGCUCCACCACGAUGCCCUCAUCCUGCUAACAGAGUGAGACAGAGUGAGGACGGGGCCUCGACUCCCGGGAGGACUGGGGGCUUCUCACCUGGCUGCUCUCUCCUCCCUGCUCCCUCCUACCUCUUCUCUCCCCCCCCCCACCCCUGACAUGGGCAGGGCAGUGGGAAGUGGUGGAGGGUUGGGCCCCACGUCUGUCUCUGCCUCUGCCAAGCUGUGUGACCUGGGGCCUCAGCUGACUCGUCUGAAAAGUGACGGGGAUGGACUUGUGCCGUGUGGGGGUCUUAAACUGUGUUGAGUCUUUAAGAAGCUGAUGAGAGCUCUGGACCUUCACCCCAGAAAGACGCCCCCACGAGCACCGUUACACAUGAUUUCAGGCGCUCCACAGAUCCCCCCAAAAUCGGGCUCCAGGGACUUCUCCUUGAAAUCUCCUGAAGCAACGGUGGUCGUGGCAACCACAACCCUUACUUAACCUUGAUGGUUUGGAAAGUUCAUUCGUUCUCUUGUUAACUCAUGACAACCCUCUAAAACGUGUUGGUCGUGGAAUACUCCUAAUUCCAUCUCACUGAUGAGAAAAUGGAGGCACCAAGAAGAAAAGGGAGUUGCUUAGAGGAGCCCACCGGACUUCCAACUCUGCGUCCCUCAUCAGGGCUGCCUCCCUCCUGGCCAUGUGCACCUCACUCAUUCGUCCCUCCCCGAAUCCUACCAUCCCCUCAACUUUCUAUCUUUCUAUCAGAGGAGGGGUGGGGAGGGCUGCGGAGGGUAAAGCUACUCUGGUGCCAGAAAAGGUUAAUAGGCAUGGGUGGCGCAGGUGUUCUGGAUCAGGUUGGCCACACCUUGGUUUCUGGAGCCUCCUCGCUGCUUGCUGGGCGUGCCAAGCCCCAGUGGCCAGAACCCCACCUCUCCUGUGAGGCCCAGCCCGGCCCAGAGCAGCAGUGGGGGCAGGUCCCAGGGCAGGCUGUGCUGGAAGUCUGGGGCCUGCCGAGGGCAACUCGGGAAGGGCCCUGUCAACCCGAAUGGAGCACAGCUUUCCCCAGGGCCCCACUGACGCAACUGGAGAGGCCUUGCAGGCCCUUCUGCAGGAAGCUGAGGAUAGAGGUGACUUUGACCCGAGCAGGGAGGCGUGAAGGGGAGGCUCCCUCCAUGCUGAGCUGUCAGACAGGCCUGCCCCUGCCUGCUCGCCCCACCUGCCUACCCCCAGCGGCCUAGGGCGCUUUCAUCCCGGCAGCUCGAAGGCAGCGCUGGCGUCCCGUUGUGAGUCAGCUGUCCAGGCUGGGUGGCCACUGAUACCAGGCAGAGAAUGUGAGCCUCCUCCCUCCAAAGCCCCAGGGACGGCCAGCUGCCGCGGACCUGCUGGUGGGGCCUCUGGGGAUAUUUUUGGCAGGGAAGGUGAGAGGCAGGGAGACCAAGGCAAGGCAUUCCAACUACUCCCUCAUUUACAGGGAUGAUCCUGAGCUGCCCGCCCAGUUCUCAGAGCCCCAGAAGCUUCCUGAACAUCUGGCACAGUUGAGCCACUCCCUGCUCCCCUCCUGGAGAGCUGUCCUCUGAGCUCCUACAGAAAACGUUCUGCUUGGCUCCCGUCUUCCAGACUGGCGCCCUUCCUCCCCACAGGUGUCUUGGCACCCUGUCCUCAGUCCCCAGUCUUCCUUCUCCAUGGUUUCUUCUUCAGAAGACUGAGUUGACCCCCUCUUCUCAUCCACACCUGAGCUCCACAUUUCUGACUUGAAAGUGCCCCCUGGACAUUUGCGUGUGGAUGCCUGGCCAGCCACACAGAUUCAGACUCUCCAAAAAAGAUUAUUCUUCCCUUAAUUCCUUCUCACACAAUUGUGAGACCAGAGCAGCCAGGUCCAUGGCCCCAGAAUCCCUGGAAAUAUUCAUUCCUGCCCGCUUUGCUUCCUCGAAGCUGACUCACUCGUCAAGGCCCAGCUUCAGUCAGAGCUCCCGUGGAAAGCCCUUCCCAGCCCAGCACGGCUCAGAGACCCCUCCCUCCUCCACCCCUCCACCCACCUCCUUGGCUGGCUCUUCCUCAUCCUUCAGGCUCAGCUCAGACAUCCUCACCCUCUAGGCCACAUCAGCUCCUGUUACAGGCUCCCAUGGGCCCCUAGUCCCCUCACAUCAGGGUUAUUUGUUCCUCAUCCCCCCCCCUCACCCCGCUCCCCAGCACUUGUCAGCUUUGUACUACAAGCUCUGCCCGUCUUAUUCAUCACAGUAUCCCCAGCAUCUAGUGCUACUCCUGGCACUAACAGGUACUGAAUAUAUGUUUGUUGAAUGAUUACAUGUUAGUAUUUAAUCAAAUUCUGUCAAGCGCUAUUUCAGUUCCUUGAGGGCAAAGGCCAUGUCUCCGGUGGAUCCGUGACCACAUAGCCCUCUUGUUUCUAGCUGCGUGUAACCUGAUUGCUGAGCUCUCAGGUGGCACAAAAUUAAUGGUUUGAGGGAUGGGCUUCUAAGAUUUCCUCAUAAAACUGUCAAGAUGCCUUGGAGUGGCUCCUGCCUGGUGGGCUGGGACACGAUGCCCUCAGCCUGGAGACCGGAGGAGCUGGGAAGUGAUGGAACCAGGUGAUGCCGUUCUGGCCCUUAAUGGGCUAGGGCGCGGGGUCUCAGGCGGCCGUCAUGUCAGACCCUGACAUGUCAGACCCUGCAGUGAGCUGGCCAAAUGGAGCAGCCAGCUCCAACCCUCCAAACGACUUGCACUCUACAUUCGUGCCCCUUUUGGUCUCCUUUAGUCUUCAGUAAUAUUCUUUGGCGCUCCAGCCAAUCUCACCUGCGCUCAGGGCCCAAGGGGAAAGUUUCUGGGCCACAGAAGGAGAAGGAACAGCACCCCUAGGGGCCAGGGCGGCAGGAGCCGGUCAGGACCGACCCGCUCGCUGUCCCUCCCACCUGGAAAGCCUCCCCCCCAGGAAAGUCUAGCAGUUCUAGGUCUUGUUUUCCUUACACAGCAGGCCGCCUGCCCUGGGCUCUCAGGUCCUAGGAGGGAUCUGAGCACAGGGUGGGGCUCAGCAGACAGCUGUCUUCAGUGUCUUCCACUUCAGCAUAGGAUCCGUGUCCCUAGUGCACUCUUGGAAGUGGGACUCAGCCAGCAGCCUCUCUGUGGGACUCUCCUUUGUCAUUCUUGAAAACAGGAUUGCUUCAGUCUUGUCUUCCACACACGAGACUUCUGGCUCCUUCCACCUUUCCUCCCUGCAGAGGAACAUCUCUGCUGCCUCUUUUCAUUGUUACCUAGUUUAUUUUCUGAGCCACUCAGAGACAGUCUGGCAGGCUCCUGCUUUCUCUCCCCCUCUCUCUCUCAAGUGCAAGACACACACACACACACACACACACACACACACACACACCUGGAAAGUAAAGCAGGAGAAUACAAAGUUCUCCCACCCAGGAGAGCCAGGUGGCCACUUGGGGCACCGUUAGCAUGGCACUGUGGGUGGCCCCUCUUGCCGGCCUGUGACCAGGCCAUCAAGGCUGCCGUUGGCCCUGUGACGCUGGUGGGAGCACGUGCACGAGUGAGGCAGGGGAGGGAGGGCCCCUGCUCGCUUGUUCUCCCUGUAGAAGAUCCAACACUCAAACGCUAGGUCAAGGGUACCUGUUAUUGCUGACACUGUCGUCUUUUGAUGACCUUUAUUGGCAAUUUAAACUUCCCUUGACCUUCACUUUAACCUGAUUUCUGCAGGGACAGAGGAGGGGAGUGAGGACCUCUGCGUCACUGGCCCUGGUUUCCAGCCUGAGUCCCUGUGCGUGGUGCUGUGUGUGCACGCAGGGCCAGCUGUAACCAGCAGGUGGCGCUCUGCUCACAGGUGCCUGAACUCAAGCCAAGCAGGUGGAGUUCAGGCUCAGAUUCAGAUUCAGCUGGGGUCAUCGCGCUCCUCCUAGGGUCCAGGCACAAAGUUCAGUGUUGUGCAGUAUGCCAGUGAUUCUCAAACUUGAGCAUGCAUCAGAAGCACUGCAAGAUUUGUCAAAACACAGGUUCCUAGCACUCCUUCCCAGAGCUCCUGAUUCAGUGGAUUUGGGGUAGGGCCUGAGUGUUCACAUUUCUAACAAGUUUCCAGGUGGGGCUGCUGGUCUGAAUGGCCCAGGGACCACGCUUUGAGAACCGCUGCUGUGCAGUAUCCCAUUUAACCAUCCCACUCUCCUCUGGGUGGACAGUACCACUCCCAGCUUACCAAUGAAGAAACUAAAGUCCCAACAGGCCACCAGCUGAAGCAAACUGCACGGGCUGCCCCGCCCUCUGCCUCAAGGGCAGCGUGGCUGGGGUGGGUGCGACAGCGCCUCUCCAGAUUCCGCCUGUCCUCCCUUCUUCCAGGGAGGGCAGUAAGAGAGCAGGCCUGGGAUAAGCAUGAGAUCAGGAGGGGCACACGGGGCACUGUUAGUUUGGGAGUAAUUCCUUGAAUGUCCAGUGUUUUUAAAGCACUUUUGCUUCUAUUUAAACCUGGCCUCAUAAUCCUGGCCGGUCAGCACUCACACCUUGGACUCUGUGCUGCUGCCCUGGCCCCUCCCUCUUCAGGACUGGAGCUCUCACUCCCCCCCACGCCCCGC